AUCUGUUCUUCCUUCUUUGCUCCAGGAUACGUUUUCAGAGAGGACAGGGAGCCUUCUCCACAAAGCAGCGUCAUGGCAGAGAAAGUAGCGGAUAGGAAACCCAGAACAAAGGUGGAAUGUUGUGGCUAUCCACUCAGCAUCUUCUUCAUUGUCAUCAAUGAAUUCUGUGAAAGAUUUUCCUACUAUGGAAUGCGAGCUGUGCUCGUCCUGUACUUCAGAUACUUUCUCCAAUGGGAUGAUGAUACUGCUACCUCUAUCUAUCACACUUUUGUUGCCUUGUGUUAUCUGACCCCAAUCCUUGGAGCUAUUGUCGCUGACUCAUGGCUUGGGAAGUUUAAAACCAUCAUCUACCUGUCCAUAGUCUACACAGUGGGUCAGGUGAUCAUGGCAAUCAGUACCAUUCAUGACUUGACAGACACUGACAGGGAUGGAACCCCCAACAACUUAACUUUACAUAUUGCCCUGUCAAUGAUUGGUUUGAUCCUGAUUGCUCUGGGUACUGGAGGAAUUAAACCUUGUGUGGCUGCCUUUGGUGGAGAUCAGUUUGAGGACCACCAGGAAAAACAAAGAAGUACCUUCUUUUCCAUCUUUUACCUGUCUAUUAAUGCUGGGAGUCUUCUCUCCACUGUAAUCACCCCAAUCCUCCGAGGACAAGAGUGUGGCAUCCACACACAGCAAAAAUGCUACCCACUGGCCUUUGGAGUUCCAGCCGCAUUGAUGGUUGUUGCUCUGAUUGUGUUCAUUGCUGGAAGUAGCAUGUACAAGAAGGUAUCCCCUCAGGGCAACAUAAUGCUUAAGGUUUGCAAAUGCAUUGGGUUUGCCCUGAAGAACAGAUUUAAACACAGAAGCGAUCAGUACCCAAAGAGACAACACUGGAUGGACUGGGCCUCUGAUAAGUAUGAUAAACGUCUUGUUGCUCAAAUCAAAAUGGUCUUGAGAGUCCUGUUCCUGUAUUUACCACUCCCUAUGUUCUGGACCCUUUUUGAUCAGCAGGGUUCAAGAUGGACUUUCCAAGCCACCACUAUGGAUGGAAAUUUUGGCCUUGUAAGGAUUCAGCCAGACCAAAUGCAGACUGUAAACCCGAUCCUGAUCGUCAUAUUGGUACCUAUUGUAGAUGCAGUUGUAUAUCCGCUGAUUAAGAAGUGUAAGCUGAACUUCACACCAUUGAGGAAAAUGACAGUCGGGAUGCUGCUUGCUGCUUUGGCUUUUGUAGUAGCUGCUUUGGUGCAAAUCAAAAUUGAUGGAACUCUGCCCAAAUUCCCAUCAGCCGGUACAUGUCAAAUGAAAGUCCUCAAUUUAGGUGAUUCUACUGUUAAUGUGGACAUAUUGGGAGUACAAUAUACAACAGACUCUUUCAAGGCCACCACCUACAAAGAUUUCCCAUCUGAAGGUGCUGGCAAUUUCAUUGUAUCCUAUGGAAACAAUAAUACCAACUCAGUCGCUGUAUUUAACAGCGCUACGCGACACACUCUUUUAGUGAAGAAUGCCCCUACAAUUCAAUCCUUGUUGCUUAUUGAUACUAAUAAAAAGCCAGAUGAAGGGAAUAACGCCAUCAGAUUUGUAAAUGCCCUGGAGAACAUAACACUUCUAAUCAAGGCAGGGUCCAAAGAACUUGGGCAUGUUCUGCCUUUCACAAGUUCAGGUUACGCGCUACUGCCAGAAGGAGAGAGUGAAUUCGUCUUCAGUUACAACGACACAUCAGAAAGAACCUGCAACGUUUCAAAAUCUUUUGGAUUUGGCAGCUCCUACACUGUUGUCAUUCAGAAUUUAAAUUGUGAAAGCCAGCAGGUAGCCAACCUUACAUACAUUGAAGACAUCCAACCCAACACAAUUCACAUGGCCUGGCAGAUUCCGCAGUACUUCCUGAUGACAAUUGGUGAAGUGGUCUUCUCAGUCACUGGGCUGGAGUUUUCUUACUCACAGGCACCUUCCAAUAUGAAAUCGGUUCUCCAGGCUGGCUGGCUAUUGACAGUAGCUGUUGGUAACAUCAUUGUGUUGAUCGUGGCAGGAGUGUCACAGCUCCCUGAUCAGUGGGCUGAGUAUGUCUUGUUUUCUGCUUUGCUGGUUGCGGUUUCCAUCGUUUUUUCAAUCAUGGCCUAUUUCUACACCUACGUGGACCCAGCAGAGAUUGAAGCUCAGUUUGAUGAAGAGGACAAAAAGAAGGAUGAUCACGAAAUGAGUACAAUUCCUGUUUAUGAGAACGAAGCACAUUUCCCUAAGCAGAGCAAGAUGUAAAACCCCAACCGUGUUUAAGAACACACAAUUUAAGUGUUAAAAAUAUUUACUCCUCAAUUUUAUUUAACAAAAUGUGUAACUGUAAGAUGACAUGAUUUUAAAUGAUUUAAUAAGCACAGUCUAGUUUUGUCAAUCUAAAAUGGUACAUAUUCAAUUUACCCUUUUCUGGAGCAAGUAUUCAAGUGAGAUCUAAAUCUGGUAAGAAAGGCCAGGCCUCAACUCUUGGUGACUGAAAUGAAAGGUGGGCGGCCCUUAAAGUUUUUGCAUAAGCUGAUUAACCAUGUUAUUUACACCAAGUAAGGCAUACUAUUAUCUUUAUGUUGUGGUUGUUUUGUCAAGUGUGAGCUUUUGUUUUCUGAAAAUCUAGUACAGUGUCUGUAGUACCAGUCCGUCGCAUCAAAGAGGGCUUGUGUUCCAUGGUUUAGCAGUACCCGUACUUUUAAUUUCGGAAUAUCCAACAACUAAUGUUUGAAUUCUGUAAAAUCUAUUCCACACCUGUCUUUCUUACAGAAAUUACACCAUGGCUCAAUGUUAUUUUCCUCUACACCUUUAUUACCUCUUUGAAACAACCAUGUGUCUUAAUUGUACAAAUGAUAGAUCAUAAUGUAUAAACAUCUGUAGUAAUCGCUGUCAACAUUUUUUUUUUUUAUUUAAAUAAACACAUCUCUGUCAGAAAGACCAAAAUAAAGUUAUUAAAUGUUAAAUGAUAUGGAAUGACAGAGAUCUACAUUUAGCAUGGUUAACUAGAAAGUCAGGGCCUCUGAGUAUUGUAGUGAGACAGACCAAGCAGCCAGAUCUAUAAUGCGCCAUCUCAGUGGGAUAACUCAGUUGUAAACCCAUGCUUAUGCUAUACCUGCUAUAUGUGCAUGUGCAAUGACAUGCAAUGUGUAAACUGUAUCUCCCUUACCUAGUCAUUUUGAAUUAUAUUGGUUUGGGACUUUAUUGCAAGUCUGAUAAUGAAAUUAAACUUUAAAAAGCAGCAGAUUAGAGGGCAUUCGGCCUUCCUACAGUUUAGAUUAUAAAUCACAAUAAAACACUGUCAAAUUAUGCAGAUUUGUGUUCUUUAAAAUCCAAGUGCUUCCAGGCGGUGACAGUAGCCUCUUAAUAAAUGGAACAGUGCUGAAAUUAUUCUUGUAAUAUGUAUUUGAAAUAUAAUAGUGCUUUUAUUGUUAAUCUGUUGAUCAGAUUAUGCUGGAGACAUAAUUCAAGGUCAGCUGCACUCCACAUCAUUGAAAAGACUUAUUUCAACAAUUACAGCUUGUAUUUUUUUGUUUCCCUUACCCCAGACAUUACCAAAUACCUACUGCUCCACUUAUUACAUUAAUUUAUAAUGUCCCCAUAUUUAAUGUAAUUUCCCCAAAUGUUUCAUUAGAAUUGGACCCUAGAAUGUGUUCUCUAAACAUAGAAAAACUUGAGCCUGACAGACCAGGAAACUGUAUUUCAAUUGCACACUGUACAGCAGUAUUGCUUUCACUCUCUUUGUUUAUAGAAAUGUUGAAACAAUUUCAACAUUGUUUUUUUUUUUCAAAUUUCAAAACCAUUAUUUCAUUAUAGGUGUUGUUUCCUCUGUUUUGUUUUAUCUACAGUAAGAUACUGUUGCCACAUGGAAAAAUGUAUAAUCAAAACAAAAGUAUAUAAACUGCACACUACA